UGGGUCUGAACGGUCAACUCGCGGCUCUCCUGGUGACGACCUGCGUCUUGGGCAGAGUUGCUGCUUCAAACGGACCAAUCGUGCAACUCAACGCAGCAGAUUACCCAAGCAUGGUAAUGGUGAGAGGGGACGAUGAUGGGGAUAUUUACUAUUCACCUGGCGUGUUCGUCUCUAAACGGAUCGUCGUUACCAACAGGGAAAUAUCUUACGGUACUGCUACCGUUGCUGUGGGAGGCCAAAUUAUACCGGCGGUCUGGAUUUCAGGCAACGGCAAAGUGGCCGUGCUUAAAAUAUGCUACAAGUUCCCGGGCCCGUUCGAGACGCUGAUGUCCAACCACUUUGACUUCACCACCAACGUCACCGGCACCGUCGCGUUCUAUUACCCAAACGGCACGUUGUUCGGACACACGGCGACGGUGCUUGCCAACGCCAACUGUCCGCAGGAGUACACCGACACCGGUCUCGACUCUUCCUUUUUCGACACGGACGGUUCCUCAGCGUGCACGCAACUCGACGCCGCCGGUGAUUGCUCGUACGCCAACCUGCCCGAAUACAUUGAUACUGCUUUGGUGAUCAAUGGAGUGGUGGAGGGUUUUGUGAGCGACGUCAGGUGCCACCCGACAACCGGCUUGUACGAACAACCCUCGGGAUUCAAAUUGAUACCGUUCAACAAGGACUACAUUUUGACAUUUGCACCCGACGCCAUUCCUUAAUGAUUCGAAAAUAUUAAGCGUCUUAUUUGUGUGCAAAAGCAAU